CACUAACCAGGUACGAGCAAAUUCGUUGUUUUUUUCGUGGUUUUUCGCGCGCCACGGCCGAAAAAGCCGAGGCGUCGUGAAUUUCGCUUGAUUCUGACUCCGGACGUGUCCUCCGAGUACGCAAACAACAUUUAUAAUAACUACUGUAAAUAGAGAGUGUAUAUAGUGUGAUAGGUGAGUGAUAUAGGUGUGUGGGAUUUUAGUUGGCAAUGAGUUCAAGCAACAAAUCGGUGUCCUCCGGCGGGAAGGGCACCAACAAAAACAAAUCUUCACAACAACAUGGAAAGUCAGAUCAUCAAACUAAAUCAUCGGAUUCGACAAAACAUGAAAAGGCACAGCCAAACACUGUUCAGACGCGGCAUGCACAAAUCAUUGACACGAGAAUGGGGAGUGGGGAAGAUCCUAUUUUGAAGGAACGUAUCAAGCAGGUCAUGGAUAUGACUAGACGCUCAGAGGACGAAGUUGUCAUGGCUUUACAUGAUAGCGACGGAGACCUCGACCGCGCUGUCAAUGAUCUGUUGGAAGGCGUGAAAACAGAAUGGGAAGUAAAAAAGAAAAAGCCUCGCCAACCUAGUGGUUCCAAACAAAACAUGGAUACUUCUGUGGGUCAGGACGAAGGUGGCGACUGGGAUGAAAGGCGUAAUCAACGAGGUGGUGGUCCUCCGCGUAUGCGAGGACGUGCUAAUCAUGAUAAUCGUGGAUGGCGCGGUCGGGAAAAUAAAGAGAAUGAAAGAAAUAUGGAGGAUGGUGUUCGCGAUGGCAGCUACAGUGGUAAUAGAAGAGGAAGAGGCGGUCCUGGUAGACCUGGUCGAGGAGGACGCGGUGGAGGAAGAGGACUUGGUCCGCGAACAUUUGCCAAUCGUAAUGAUCCAUCAUCAACAUCAUCGCCUCAUAAUUUUAAUCGUUCGAUUGAUACUUGGACAGGUAACGAUGAACAACAACAAACUGUCCAGGAACCAAAGAUGGAUGCAUGGAAUAAUUUGGAUUCUACAGAAGACUGGGACAACGAAGAAUAUACAGGUUCAUUGGCAGAUACAAAAGUUUUUACACCAAGUACUUCUGUAGCGGAAGUUCCAUCCUCCAUAGAAGAAACAAAAACUCAAGAUCUGCAGUCGGUGCAAUCUAAUCAGAAUGUAAAUUUGUCGUUACUGCAACAAGAAGAACUACCAAAAUUAUCGGAAAUACCUUCGAUUCAGCAACAGACUUUAAUUCAGCAGUCCCAGCAACAACAACCUGUGCUGAACUUACCAACGAUGCAACUAUUGCAGCAACCAAAUGCUAUCAGUGGCGGAGUAUUAACAGCUGCACAGACUCAGUAUUUUACACAACUUACCCAGCAAACGAGUGAAAAUUUAAAAGCUGCUGGACAAACAACAUUCUCAUCGUCGAUAUCCAGUCAGCCUCAAAGACAGACAAAACAACGCCCACGAGUGCCACCGCCAUCAAAAAUCCCAUCUAGCGCCGUUGAAAUGCCAGGAGAUGCUGUGAAUAGCGGCAUUGGAUUUCUCGAUGUUCAAUUUGGCGCUCUAGAGUUUGGUAGCGAUUCAAGUUCUCUUGAUGGUUCUGCGAAUGAAAAAUUCAAUUCAGCGAGUAGUACAAUUCCUGGUGUAGAUGUGUCUUCUGCCACGAAUGCCGUAAACACUGCCAAUACAAAUAAGUCUCUGGAUAUUGAAACAACACAAACAUCAACAACACCUUUCAGUACUACUUCUCAAAUUUUAUCAAAUAGUGAUAAUUUACCAGUGUCGAGUGAACAUUCAAUAAACGCUCAAAGUUUUACUGCUCGCGGUAGUAGUACUGGUCAAACUUUAGACAUAACAAAACAAGAUUUUACCUCGCAAGUCUCACCAGGAAAUGCACCAACAUAUGGUACAGCAACAACUUAUCAGUCCCAAAAGUCAUCAUUUCAACCACCUGCUGCAACGCCAAGCACUUAUAAUGCAUAUUCUACAAAUGCUGAAUCGGCUCAAUCGUCCUUCCAAACAGCGUCAGGCACUAGUGCCAAUAGCUAUUCCGCGACGCCAACUGUUUCACAAGCAAGUUAUAAUUCUUCGUCGUCAUUUCCUCAAUCCAAUACGUCAACUUUCAAUCAAGCUUCUCCAUCGGCGCCUGUGUCUGCAACUUCAGGUUAUAAUCAACCAACAACUACUAAUCAGGUUUACCAAUCUACGAGCGGAUACGUACCUGCUACAACAUCGCAGUAUCAAGCACAGGUUGUAGUUACGAAUACUGUAUCAAACAGUAGUACAGGGUAUCAAACAAGUGGUUAUCAGGGAUCGUCUUCAUUCCAAUCGACACCACAAGCUUACCAACCCUCUGUUACUACAUUUACUUCACCUAUUACACAAACUUCUGGAGCUUAUCAAAGCGCUGCACAGUCUGUAUAUGCUAGUGCAUAUGGCACAUAUGGUAGUCAGCCACAAACGGCGUCUCAUAAUCAUAAAUUGAACAGUAACACAACAAAAGAUUCUCAAUACGAUAGUAACACGACGACAUCCAAUAGUUCUCUUGCAACUACCACGGCACCUACAUUAGGCCUUAGCUCUGCCUCCGUAAAUAGUUCACAAACUAAAGUAACUAAUUCCAAUGCGGUACCGAAAAGUACAUCGAGUGGUGUAGUAACUGGUAAUAGUGGAACUGGAAAUAUCACAGGUGGUGGUGCAGCUGGCAGUAUGACACCGAUGCUAAGUCAUCAAUAUAUUAUGGGCCAAGGUGUACCUUAUGCGUUCCAGCAACCAAUGUAUAGUUUUGAAGAUAUGCAGCUUAUGCAACAAAGAAUACCACACAUGCCAACUACUGGUUACUAUGACGCGCCCUUGGGCUAUCAGACAACCGGCCCUGCUACCAGUCUCGGUGGAGGACGAGGAGAUGCACUUUCCGGUGUACAAGGUGUCCAAGGAGUACAAGGUGUACAGGGAGCCUAUACCAGUAUUAAUGACGCCAGGUUCACCAGAAACGACAGCAAUGCAUCUCCAGUUCCAUCUACUAUGUCGCAACAGACUGCUACUCAGCAUCAGCAACCAAUGAUAAAUCCUACGCUUCCUCCGACUUACGCAUACUUUGCAUACGGCGGUGGAAUAAUGCCAGGUAGUUUUCAAUACGGAACUCCUGCUGCCAUUUAUCCUCAGAUAGCUACUGCUGGUAAUGCGGGCACGAACAGCGGAGCAUAUAGUGCUAAACCUGGAAGUUACGGAUCUGGAUAUGGUGCUGGCGCAAGCUACGAUGCUAUGGCAUCUGCUGGUCCCUCUGCUGACUACAAAGGUGCAGGAAGCAGUUAUAACAGUACACAAACUGGCAAAACAGGAACAUCUACUGGAAAUACUAAUACUGGUGGAUCAUCUGCAACUGAUAUAAGCGCGACUAUGUAUGCAAAAAGUCAUGUAGCGCUUAGUAAAGUAAAUUCCUAUGAUAAACAAACUUUUCACUCAGCAACUCCUCCGCCAUUUAAUCUUACUGGCAGUCAAAACGCUGGUUUGCCUAGUGCAUAUGGAACACCACAUUUGUUUAUCCCAACUAUGGCUCAUCAAUUGCAUCAGCCACUUCAUCAAGAUGGUGGUAGCAGCACAGGCCAAAGGUCCAAUACAAGUUCCCAAAACAAAGCCCAAGCAAAACCAGGAUAUAGUCCUAAUUACUGGACUGGAAGCAAUUAAAAAUUUUGGACUAUGCAAGGAAAAAAUAGAGGAAGGAAGACCAUUUUAGACAAAAUACAACUUCGCCAUUGUGAGACACGGUGGUGUGAGAUAUGGACAUUGACAUAAAUGACAUAAAGGACACGAGACAAGACGUUUUUUUCGUGAAACUAAAUAAUUCUGGUACGACACGAGUUAAUGUAAAAUGAAAGAUUGAAUCUUAAAAUAUGGAAGGAUUAAGCAAUUUUUACUGAUUUUAUGUUUAAUAGAGUGAAGUAUUUUUUUCGCAUAAAUCUCAUGCAACAGUUAGUUAAAAACGUUAUACUCUUUCCAGUUAGCCUAAUUACUUACUUUUUUUUUAUAAUAUUUCGAAAUAUUAUAUUGAAUUAUAAAAAUCCUUUACUAUGUUUCUCGUUUAUAAUUCUGUAUAAUUCAUUAAGCGUAUUAGAAAGUUUUUUGGUGUGUAUAAUGCAGUAUAUAUGUUUCUGUAAAAUACGAUGUAUUUUUCUCAAAACUAAAUACGGUACACGUAAAGAAAGAAAAAACAAUCAUAUGCAACAUGAAAAAUUGCAUAGUUCUUCCAAAUGUGAGGCGCACUCGUGCCAAAUAAACUUAUAGCGUUUUUAACGUGUAAAACCGUGGAACGCAUGAUCGUACAUAUUUGUCAAGAUGAUGGAGACAAGCAGAAUUUAUGUGGUAUUGUUGAAACACUAUAAAAAAUCAAGAUUUGUGAGUAGCAUAACUCUCGUGUGAAAUACUGGAAAGAUGAUCUAGAAGAGUAAUUGACUGUUAAAUCUACUCCCGAUCUCCUAUCUGUAUACUACUGUGCAAUUGCGAAUAUACUGCAUCGACUGCAAAGGGUGAUAGUUUUUUUUGUAUAAUGUAGGCAUCUCGGCUCACUAACAUCUAAAGUGCUUCUUUACAUGAAAACAAAGCACCCCGUUCGUGAUGAAACGUAAAACUAUACUAUUGUAAAUUACGAUAAUUGUAUGUAUUUAAUCAUGGUACUUCAGGUAUAUAAAGUUAUAAUCAUCAUAAUGUUGUCACUUUUGGUAUUUAAAACGAGUGUAUAUCUGCACUAGUUUCGCAUUCUUGCGCGCACCCACAUAUACGUAUAUUUGAUUUGGUCGCUUUACAUUUUUUUAGUUACCAGAAUUUAUCAACGUUAUAUUUUAGUAACAAAAAGCUAUUAAACCAAAAAAGAAGAUACCGUCACACCAUGUUUUCAAAGAAUGCUGGGUAAAAAAUGAGAACGGUACUUGUUUAAUAUAUCUUAUGUUUAGGAAAACGGCGUCGCAGAUUAAACAGUGCCACAAAUAGUAUGGAAACAAACCAGAAUUCAGUAAUUUUCUUGUGGUGCCUUGAAUAAAAUUCAGAUAAUAGAGUUUAACCAUUGAUUUUUGCAGAACUCCUCAUAUAACUUUUUACAAUAUUUUCAGAUUGUUAAAUUGUGUUAAUGAAAACAUACAUUACUUUGUUCUUAUUCAUGCAUUAACUCUUACUAAUUGCUCUAUAUCAUCGAUAUAAUUUAUCUUUUUAGAAGUAAUAGUUGUCGCUUUAAUUUAAUAGUAACUUUGGAAGUUUUCGUUUGCAAACUAUUGUUUAUUUCUUUUAAAUUAAACAAUUUGAAAGAUAUUAAAACGAUGUUUCAAUUACGAAGGUAUUUUUUUAUAUGAUACAUCUGGAAAUGGAUAAACGAUUCUUUAAGCAACAGAUAAUUAUAAUAAUUACCGAAUAGUUAUUACAGCUUUAAAAUAACUAACUUUUUGGAGUUUACUAUAUAAGGCAGUUCUUCGGAUAUGGAAGAGAAUUAAGAUACGUACUAUGACAUUCUACUUGAUGUUUACAAGAUGUAUAGUCCAAAUAAUAAUCUUAUGUGGCUACGCCGUAAAUUCAAUUUCUUUUUUACUUUUCGCUUCUAAUUCUUACUCAUUUCUAGAAUCUGCUUAAAAAUUGUAACAUUUGUUAAUACGUAAAUAAAAGUGAAUUUUAGUUGAUCGAAGAAAGAGUAUUGAGUCAAUUUAAUUUUUUGAUAAAAAUUUAAAGCAAACAUACAUACAAAAUUUUGUUUACAGUCUAUUACUAUCUGCAUUUAUUAAUAAAUUCAACAUUAUCGUAAUUCUGAAAGAAACAUCGAUGUUAGUGUACUGAUACCAAGUAUUCACAAUGACUAUCCUUUUCAUUAAAUUGUAAUGAAAAAAAACCGCAAUUGUCGAUUCCGUCUGGUAAAAGAAUAUCCGUACUGGUACAUUAUUUACGCUGAUUCGAAACACUGUACAGCUAUAACGUAUUCAGAAAAAAAUAACACGUUAAGCAACACAAAUCAUUUUAGACAUAUACUUUACAUUUUUGUAUUGUGGAUAGCAAUCAUUGCAAACAUUUUCUCUCGUGAGAAAUAAACAAGCAAAAGUCUAAGAAAAGCGUUUUCGAGAGGUGCUGUUAAACUUUUUGCAACUUAGCAUAUGUACCAUACUUCAGAAAUAAAUUAUUUUACCGUGUAAAUGAUCGAUCGAUCAUCAAAACUUCAUCGAGUACCGCUGAUAUCUGGAAGAAGUACAUAAUUGUAAGUAAAAUCUUGGUUAGCAAUUGCAAUAUACACAAAUUUGAAUAACAGCGGUAUAGAUAGGAUGAUACACUUGAAAAAUCAUGGGAGACCAAAUGUAGAAUAGUUGUCUUAAAAAAAAAAAAAAAAAAAAAAAUGAAAGAAAAUGUAAAUCUGUAAUCAUAAAUUUUCGAGAAAAAUAAUCGACUUUGUCCACUCGUUACAAUAAUACCCGGAUACAGAUUACUCGUUCGCCUGGACUACAGAAUAUUCUGAAAAUUUAGUAUGUAUUACUAAAAAUUUAACAACUUUGGAAUAUUGUUCUUUACGAAGGAAAUCUUACAAAUAUACGUACGAUUUUAAAUGGUUGUCAACUAUGUCACAAUUUAAAUACCUUGAGGGAGUAUUUAGCAAAUUGAAACUUAAUUACUAAAUAUAGUCUCAAUUUUCUUAAGAUCUCUUAUUUAUUGAAAAUAAAUAUGCGAUUAAGUUGAAAUUUAUUAAUUUAUGUUUUAAGUGAACGUUAGAAAUAUUUUUGUUAGUUUUUAAAAAUGUUAUUUGAAUAGAAGAAAACUCGUUUUUAGUUUAGAAACUGAAAUAUUAAAUUAUAACAUUCUGUCAAUCGUCUUAAAUCGGAAGUAUAUUUACAGGAUUUACAUUAUAGUUUCACUAAUAUCUUAAAUGAAUUACUGAAUUGUAUAAAAGAUAUUUUGAAACAUCUUGGGAAACAUUCUUAUGUAUUAAGACUAAAUAUACGUACAUACACACGCAUAAAA